GCAGAAAUGAAGCACUCAGAGAUCCGCCUUCCUCCCCAUCAACCUGCGGCGCGUGCUGAUCCGCUAUUGGCCUUUUAUUCUACUGACACGGCUGCUAUUCUUGAAGGCGCUUUAAUCCGUGUAUCCGUCGGAAAGGACAGAGUUAAAUUGUUCUUUUUCUAACCGUGGACGUCGAUUUGCUUUGGAUUUCACUGCGCUUUAUUGGCGGAGCGUCGAUUGCGCUUUAAUUCAAUCGACAGGCAUUGCGCGCGCGGGAGGUGCGUCCACCGAAAACAUUAUUACCCUCGCCCGACUAAGUGCAUUGUGUAAACAUGAGUGAUUCAGAGAAACAAGCGGUCUCUCUCACAGAAAAGGACGGGAUUGAGAAAAGAGGACGAGGAAGACCAAGAAAACAUCCCAAGGUAUCAAGUGGCUCUCCAACUCCAAAGAGAUCAAGAGGGCGACCAAAAGGCAGCAAAAACAAAGGGCCUUCCAAGGGAGUAAGUAAAGCAUCUGCUUCUGCUGGAGACAAACCAAAGGGGAGGCCUAAGAAAGAGGAGAAAGAAAAGCAAGCUCCUCUGGAUUCAUCUGAAGAUGUGGAGGAAGAUGAUGAAGAGGAGCCGUAACUAACGAACCGCACAGCACUACCUCAUUCUCAACUAUCCGUCUGCUCUCCAACCCGUGAAGAACACAGAAUGUCAUUCACUCCCUUCUGCGACUCAACCGGACCGUGCAAAAUAACUUUCUGUUAUUCUGUCAGAUAUAGAAAGCAGGAUCAUAUAUGUUGAGUGUUUGCUAGUUUUGUUUUCUCUCUCUAAAUAUAAACAUAGAUCUAGUUUUUGAUUUGACUAUAUACAGUAUAUACAUAUAUAUAUAUAUUUAACGGAGGUGCUUUUCUACUUGCAGUUUAGUUUUGUAUUCUGCUGUCCAUGCGGCUAGUUUUAGAUGAAGUUAUCAUUUGACCAUGACAUCAUCAUCAUGGGCUUGAAUCGUUCUCUUACAGUAGUGUGCAUUCUUUUUAAACGUAGUUUAGCUUAUUGUGAGACAUUUCAUAGGACUGAAACCAGUGAACAUUUGUUCAUUUUAUUAUCAAAUAUAAGUUGCCACGUGUAGAUGUAGCGUUGAAGUAGCAUGUAACGUGUAAUUGUCUCUAAACCCCCCGGCAGUCAGAAUUACAGACCACAUUAUAGGUGCAUGCAUAUAUUUGUAGGCCACUUCAGAGGUUUCUGGAAGAAUUGUUCAAUUUUGAAGCCGUUCUGGACAGCGUCCAGUUUGCGCUUUGAAAACAGCGUCACAAAUCACAUCGCUGAGAAAUGUGCUGUGUGAGACAUUCCAUGAUAAAACAUCAGGCGUUUGAGAGCCAUAUAUUACUGUACUGAUGGAGAAUGUAACCAUUUUAGCACCAAACUUUAGGGUUUGUAGGAUAAAACAUGAUGGAAAAGGCAGAAAUUGUACACAUUCACUUUAUUCUUGGUCUUACACACUUAGUUUACAGUUUUACUCCUCACAGGACUGUUUACAUAACAACAGCUGUCAACUCAACCUUAUCCACACCAAAGUGCUUCUGGAAAACUGAAUGAAAUACUUUUAUUUCUGAUCAUCGACAGUUGCAGUAAGAGAUCCUGGAGAGAAGUCUUUAGGUGGGAAAUGAGAUUGUCCUCAAGUCUUUUUUACAAAUAGGAAGUGGAAACAAAACCUAUAACCAUAUGCAUUUUCUUUUGAAUACUUCAGGAUUGUGUUUAGUGCUUUCAAGUCCUCAUAACUUUGGAAUUGUGAAAUAUUCCCCUCAGGUAUUAAGGUGAAGACCAGACAGCACGUGCCCAAGAAAACACUGAUGCUUCAGUUGUAGAAGCACCUUUAUUCUGCUGUGAGUGUUCGUGUUGCAGUAGACGUUCUGUUAAUACAACAUUACAGUUCUAUACAGUAUGGAUUACAUUAACUAUUUAUUUCAAUGUGUAAUGUGUGCUAAUCUUAAUAAAA